AUGAUCAAAAAGUUAGAUCCAUUUCAUAUACAAAUUGUUGCUCAACACUUUUUCUUUGCAGAUGAUUUUAUAAAUAUGAUUCUUGUAUGCAAGAAAUUUUCGUGUAUUUUAGACAGAUUUAGAUACAACCCCAUACCAAUAACUUCAACUAAAUUAUUUCCAAAUAUAGAAACACAGUAUUUAUAUAACGAGAAAGAUGUCAAAUUGCCAGAAAUAAAACGCGUUGUUGUGUUGUACAAAGUUGAUUAUUCGUAUGCAAAUAGUCAUUUAAAAGACCCUAAUAUCACAUUUAAAAACCUUCACGUUACUGUAAAGUACACUGAUAACAUUACAGAAGAAGACGAAUUGAUUCAACUAAUGGAAAACACAAACAUUAGAAGUUAUGGCUCUCGUGUUUUUAACUCUUUUUAUUUUGACACUUUUAAAGUUCCAAUUAAUAUCACAAACCUUGAAAAAUGCGCUUUUAGUGAUUAUGAUGAACUUGAAAGUGUUACUUUAUCUGAAGGUCUUAAAAUAAUACAAACAAACUGUUUCAGUGGUUGUCUAUCGUUAACAUCGAUACAUAUUCCAUCUUCAAUAACAAAAAUAAUGGAAAACGCCUUUGAAAAAUGUGGAUUUGAAACAUUUGAUAUGCCUUCAUCAAUUUAUUCGAUAGGAUACGAGGCUUUUAGAUAUUGUGAGAAAUUGAGAGACGUUCACAUCUCACCAAAUGUAAAGAUUAUAUCAAGUGCAACAUUUAUUUUUUGCAAAAAUUUGACAAAUGUAAAACUUCCUGAAAAUUUACAACACAUUCAAGCAUGUGCAUUUAAAAAUUGUAGACAACUUGAAGUGAUCAAAAUCCCAGCAAGUGUGUGUCUUGUUGACAGAGAAGCAUUUAGUGACUGUAUAAAAAUGAAAGAACUUGUUUUUAGUGAUAAUUGUGUUAUUAAAGAACAAGCGUUUGUGAAUUGUACAUCACUCACAAAACUUGUGGUACCAAAUAUUGAAGGAAAAGUUAUUCACAAAAUUUCCAAAGAAGAAAUUCCAAUUUUUAUUAAAUUUUAUGAUAAGUUUGAUUGUGAUACCUACAAUGAUGAAUAUGGAAAAGUUAUUUUUGACAAUAAAAGCCAAGAAUUUAUUAUUCUGCCUCCAAUUAUUGAUACAAUCGAUAGUUUUACAAUUGAAAACAAAAAUUUAAUUCGCAAAAUAUACGGACUUGACAAAGUUACAAGGCUAUCUGACCACUCUUUCGAAAAUGGUGUUAAUCUUCAAGACAUUUCAAUUAGUAAUAACACAGAAAUAGAAAAAGGGUGUUUUGAAAAUUGCACAUCACUCACACAUUUGCAACUUCCACACAACAACAUGAAAAUUAAAUUUACUCCAACUUCAAAAGAAACAAAAAUAUUGGACAAAUUUGGGUACAAAUACGACACUGUUGAAUUCAUAUUUUCAGAAAUAACCGAUUUAAGCAAUUUUGAGGAAAUUAAGAAAUGUACCUCAUUCGUUGAAAUUUCUGGACUCUUUUUUCCACAAAAAGAAAUAAAAUCGAUAACAAUUCCGUCGAAUGUGACUUGUAUCGAUAAUAAUUUUUUUAGUCGAUGUAAUUCUGAAGCAAUUAACUUGGGCUGCGUUUCAGUUGUUGGAAACAUUAUUUUUGGACCAAAAAUGACUUCGGUAACACUUCCAUCGACACUUAAGGGAUUCAUGAGGAUUGUUAAUUUUUCUGAGGAUGGUAAAUAUCUUAAACAUAAUUUCUUUCAAUUUGGAUUUUUUUGCCUAAGAUCAAAAAGGUAUAUUUUGAAACACAUGAUUUUAUUUAAAAAUGCUAUUUAUGGAUUGUUUGAAAGAUGA